GGGCAGCCGUUUGCGUCAACCUCUGUGACCUCCUUUUUUCGGGGUAUUUUUUCUGAGCAGACGGUGGCUGGCGGCGCCAUAUUGAAAGCAGAGAAUUGUUGGCGAAAACCGCGGAAACCCAAAAUUAAACACGAUGCUGUACCUAGAGGACUACCUAGAGAUGAUCGAGCAGCUACCCAUGGAUCUCCGCGACAGGUUUACGGAAAUGAGGGAGAUGGACCUGCAGGUUCAGAAUGCCACGGAUCAGCUGGAGCAGAAAGUCAUCGAGUUCUUCGUCAAUGCCAAGAAGAACAAACCGGAGUGGAGGGAGGAGCAGAUGGAGGUCAUUAAAAAGGAUUACUACAAAGCUCUGGAAGAUGCAGAUGAGAAAGUUCAGCUGGCCAAUCAGAUCUAUGACCUGGUGGACCGUCACCUGCGGAAACUGGACCAGGAACUGGCCAAGUUUAAGAUGGAGCUGGAGGCCGACAACGCCGGCAUCACUGAAAUCCUGGAGAGACGAUCGCUGGAGAUGGACAGCCCAUCACAGCCCGUCAAUAACCACCACGUCCACUCGCACGCCGCCACAGAGAAGAGGAAGUACAGCACCCCGACUCAUCACACCACGGAACACGUCCCCGAGAAGAAGUUCAAGUCUGAAGCUCUGCUCUCUACGCUCACAUCAGACGCAUCUAAGGAGAACACGCCAGGCUGCCGUACCAACAGCACGUCCUCAUCCACCAACAAUGUGUACAGCGUAAACUCCUCCCAGCCUCUGGCCUCCUACAACCUGAGCUCGCUGCCCCCAGGGCCCGGGGCCGGAGCCGGCGCCAUCACCAUGGCUGCCGCACAGGCGGUGCAAGCCACAGCUCAGAUGAAGGAGGGCCGGCGGACGUCGAGCCUCAAAGCGAGCUACGAGGCCAUCAAAAACAACGACUUUCAGCUGGGCAGAGACUUCGCUCUGUCCCGCGACAGCACGGCCGGUUUCUCCUCCUCCGCCCUCGCCUCCACCCUCACCCAGACCCUCACCCCCAGCACCACCUCUGACUCCCGAGGACGCAAGUCUAAGAGCAGCAUCAAGUCUUCCAAUCAUCAGUCGUCUUCGUCAUCCUCCUCCUCCUCGCUGUCCUCAUGUUCUUCGUCAUCUGCCCUCGCCCAGGAGCUCUCCCAGCAGGCGUCGGUGCUGCCUGAGGCCGAGGCCAACAGUCAGGUGGACUGGACCUACGACCCCAACGAGCCCCGAUACUGCAUCUGUAACCAGGUUUCCUAUGGAGAGAUGGUUGGCUGUGACAACACAGACUGUCCGAUCGAGUGGUUCCACUACGGCUGCGUCGGCCUGACGGAGGCUCCGAAGGGGAAGUGGUAUUGCCCUCAGUGCACGGCCGCCAUGAAGAGGAGGGGCAGCCGCCACAAAUAGACACACCGCCAUUUAACCUGAGAGGCGGCUGAGGUCAGAGGUCAGCGGGCGGCUCAUGAAAACCACACCGAUGGCACGCUGGGCAGACGCGGAGGGGCCAAAGCUGCGUGGAGGAAGUGCUUUCAGCUCUGAGAGGAAAACCAGGUUUUCGUCUGAGUCGAAGCGAACGCCCCUAAAGUCGGGAUUUAAAGCUCACAGCCUGACUUUAGUUUGACAGGUUUAAACUUUGUCACUUUAAUCCCAAAGUCCCGACUUCACUAAUCCUGACUUUGACUGGGCUCAUCUCAGGUCCCUGAAAAUAAAGCCUCAUCAAAACAUUA